AUUUGCCUUACAGUUACAUUUUCAUUUUCCUGGUUCCCAUCCUUGAUUUUGUUCCUCAGAAGCGACCAACUGCGGCUCAAUUAUGCAGGCCCUCGUCUCUUGGAACCAUCUAUUACUAUUACCUCUGAUGGAAAUCAAGCUGAAGGUAGUGCCAUCGUUGAUGAUAAGAAAAGGGAAAAUGAUGACAGAGAGGCAUCGUUGAUGAUAAGAUUGGUUUGCAAGGAGAGCAUUUAGGCAUUUACAAGGCAGAUGGUAUUAAUAAAGUAAAUUGGGUUGCUACCUCGGAACCACCAAAGAUGCAACCUUUAACAUGGUACAAGGCUGAAAUAAACCCUCCACCAGGGAAAGAACCUGUGGGGCUGGAUAUGGUUCAUAUGGGAAAAGGUCUAGCUUGGUUGAAUGGGGAAGAAAUUGGAAGGUACUGGCCAAGGAAGAGUUCUAUAGAUGAUGGAUGUGUUAAAGAAUGUGAUUACCGAGGAAAGUUCAUGCCCAACAAAUGCUUUACGGGUUGUGGAGAACCAACUCAAAGAUGGUACCAUGUGCCCCGUUCUUGGUUCAAGUCAUCUGGAAACAUUCUGGUGAUCUUUGAGGAGAAAGGAGGAGAUCCAUCAAAGAUUACUUUGUCAAGGCGGAAAGUAACUGGCCUCUGUGCUCUUGUUGCAGAGGAUCAUCCUUCUAUUAGACCUGAAGCUUGGGAGAAAGAAGACAGUGGAAGUAACAGAAAUGUUCCAACUGUCCACUUGCAAUGUCCUGAGAAUACCCUUGUAUCUGCUGUAAAAUUUGCUAGCUUUGGAACUCCUUCAGGAAACUGUGGAUCUUAUACCAAGGGAGAUUGCCAUGAUCCUAAUUCCAUUUUAGUGGUUGAAAAGCUUGGAAGGAAGAAGACCAACACCAGUGAGACUCAUUUGAACUCAGGUAGCGGGAUUAACCACUCUGGGUUAAAAAGGCGUCAGAAAGUUCUUUCAGUAGUAUUUCUGACAUGCUGUUCAGCUUAUAUCUCCUGCUAGCAUUGUUGCAAAAAUGAAUGGUCAGGACAGUAUCUGCAAGGCGGAUCUCGAGGAAGUCACCUCAUUGUAUCAUGACAGAUGUAUAAUUAUGAAGAAGGGCUGAUGGGCAAAGUUGCAUCUGAUAAAUGUCACAAAUGGGUCUUCAAAGAACCAACUGAAUGUGAACCUAAUAUCUCCAACUACUGGCAAAGCUCUUUUGAUGUUCUGCCCACUGAAUGGACUGAUCAGUUUGAGUCAGGGAUUCAGGUUGCAGGAAGCGUGAUAUUAGUUUCAAUCAUGAGAACUGGUCACAUUACUAUGAAAGAUACAUAUACAUUGCAUUGCUUCUUGUAUAUGAAAGAUACAUAUUCAUAUAUGAAGAUGAAUUCUUUGCUUUGUUGAUGCUUGUUCUUGAGACUCAUAGCUUACGGACUACAGGUUAAUCUAUAUUUUCGUUCCGGUUAUAUAUAUAUUUUUCCUAUUUAUUUGCUGCAAAAUGUUGAAUUAUUUUUGAAAUCGGAGUUGUAAUUUUGUUUUGGAUUGCUACAAAGUUAUGAGAAAAUGAGUUAUUCUCGUUUUGAUGAAUAUGCACAUAGGGUAUUGUUGUGGGGCUUGAUAAUUUGGAUGGUGUAAUUCCUAUAAUAAUAAGAGAAUCUUCAAGCAAUGCAGUUGCAACAUCUGGUCUAAAAAAUGGUAAGCUUUCCAUGCUCUUACAUUUCAUAUAAAUAAGUUGGGUAAAUUAAUUUAAGAGAAUUAUUGAUGGCUUUCCCUUAAUUUCCCUUAAUUUUGUCAUCAAGAGUUUGAUAAUAUAGGUUGAUAUAGUAGUGACUUUAUGUUGAUAUAGUAGUGACUUAGCCAACUCAUUUAACACAUCAACUGCUUGAUCAUCAUCCUGCUGAGACACAAUGAGUUUUGGAAGGACAACAGGAACCAUUCUCGUGACAAGUUUUUCAGUUUCAACACCUAGAACUGCUUCAAAUCUCUUAGUCAUUGUUUGCAAGGACUUUAUACUUAAAUGUAAUUCUUUGCAGAGGAAAAAGUUAAUCAAUGAAAGUGAAUCCUUAAAGGAGCAAAUUUCAAAAUUAGAGGAACUUUUGUGAAGCAAGUAGAAUAUGUUAGAGAUCAUGCCUACAGAUGCUCAAAGGAUGCUUUAAGAGUUUGAGGGGUGUGUGCUUCUAGCUUUUGAGUUGGAGCCAGAUCAAGACAGAGGCUUCACAUUCUUUUUUAUGUUUGUUUGCCUAAUUUAGUGUUAGUUUUUUUUGUUCAUUUAGUUUGGUUUGAAUUGGGGGUAACUUUUUUCUGUUUUCCAUGUUGGCAACUCUGAUUCAUGGAGUUUGUUGUUGUAGUUCACAGACAAUACAAUUCAAGCAAGGACUAUGUAAUUGAAUUUUUUAUGAUUGCUAUUGUAAUUUUUAUGUAAUGAAUAAAUGUGUUCAAUAUUAUUUAAAUAUAGCUUUUUGAAUAA